AAGGUUUAUGACGAGCGCUCGCACUUAAUCACAGGGGCAACACAAGUACUCGCUCUGACAGGCUUGGCUCAGACACCUCUCAGAGCCUCCUGUUACUCAACCUCUUUUUAUAGUCUCGGUGACGGGCUCACAGGUCCCCCUCCUCACCCCCACCCACCGGCUGACCUCUCUCACACACAGACCACAGGUGAUUUCGAUCCUGUCCCCCCCGCCCGGAUAUGUACCCCACACCUCCUGAGGCACGAGCGGAACCCCACCGCCCCCAGGGCUCAGCAGCUCCACAGCCAACUCUCGGGGCAGCCAGAGUGCGAGGAGCCCAGCCCUGCCCGGGGAAGAUGAAGGGGGCAGUGAACAAGCCUGUGACCAGACUGGGGACCCCCAGCGCGGAGAGGCUGAGACCCUCAGUGAUGAGAACCUCUUCCCUUUCCUUCCACACAGAGUCCCAGCUCAGCAAGGUGAAGAGCCGGAGCAGUGAUGAUUUGCCAUUGAGGACGGGAGGCGGUGGCGUCCCAACCACGUCAAGGAUGAAGAAAACUGUUACCAUGGGAGCCAUCUCCGAGCUCACAGAGAACAGGGUGAAGAUCAGUGGAGGGCCUCUCCCGCUCCGACGCUCCGCGAUUCCCGCUCCCAGAGAGACGCCGCCGGUGAAGGACCGGAGCCCGCGGGAGCGGCCGCGCUCUGUGCCGGUCAGGAGGGCCGGGGCCGGGGCCGGGGCCGGGAAUGCCCGGGCCUCGGGGGCGGGGGGGAGGCCGGAGCGGGAGCGGGAGCGGGAGGCCGGGGACCGCGCCGCGCUGGACGCCCACGUCAAGCAGCUGCUGUCGGAGGCCAAGGCCAAGGACCUGGAGCUCAGCAAACUGCGGGGGGCGCUGCAGCGGGAGCGGCUCGACGCCCAGGCCGGGCCGGGGGAGGCGGGGGCCGGGCCGGGGGAGCGCGUCAACGGAGGCCCGGGCUCCGGCUGCGGCCUAGUCGCCGGGCCCGAGCCCGAGCCCGACCCCGGGCCCGAGCCCGAGCCCGGCCGCUCGCUGGGCCUCCGGCUGCGGCGGAUGGAGGAGGAGCAGCGCAGCGCGGCCGAGGAGCUUCAGGCCACGGCCCAGGAGCUCGCGGACCAGCAGCAGUUGGUGCAGGAGCUCAGCGCCGACAACGAGCGGCUGUGCGCCGAGCGCCGGGCCCUGGACGGCCGCCUCCAGCGGGAGCGCGACGGCCUCGGGCGGCUGGUCCGGGAGAACCGGGAGCUGGCGGCCCUGCUGGAGGCCGCGAGAGGCCGGGCCCGGGCCCCCGCCCCCGGGGAGGGGGAGGGGGAGGGGGAGAGGGGGGGGGGCGAGGCGGCCCCGCCGCUGGAGCCGGAGGUGCAGCGUCUGAGGAGCCUAUUGGCCGCUGUGGAGAGUAAGCAGCCGGAGGCUCACGCGCAGUGCGAGUGUCAGGCCAAGGAGCUGAGCUCCGCCGCACACAGACUGCAGGAGGAAGCUCAGGAGAGGGAAAGUCAGAUCAAAGACAUGAAGGAGACCAUCUUCGAGCUCCAGGACCAGGUGGAGCAGCACCGGGCGGUGAAACUGCACAACAACCAGGCAAUCCUGGAGCUGGAGAACACGGUGCUGAAGCUGGAGGAACAGAAUCGAGACCUGGAGAAGCAGCUCAAACUGCUCAACAAGAAGCUGAAGGAGGACACCCAGGAGUGGCGCUCUUUCCAGGCUGACUUGCAGACGGCCGUGGUGGUGGCCAACGACAUCAAGUGUGAGGCUCAGCAGGAGGUGCGGGCCCUGCGCAGGCGGCUACAGGAGGAGGAGGCGCGAAGCGAGCGGCUGGACCAGGAGCUGGAGACCCUCCGCAGCCACAGGUCCGAUCCCGCGCUCCUGAAGGAAAGUUCCUCCCAGACACCAGCGCUGUCCGAGAGCAGCCAUGACAGUGAGGCUGGGCUCUCUGUGUGUUUCUAUCUGAACCCAGUGACUUUGCUCUGUCUCAGGCUGACCGUUGAUGAGCCCCCCUCGGACCCCCUGACAUGCUCCACCGAUGGCCCCUGGCAGCGAGACCCCGGCCGCUCAUUGGCUAUUUCAUCACAGCCGACCCCUAAAGUCAAGACGCUCAUCAAAUGCUUCGAUGUCUCACAUUCAGUGGGCAGUGGGUCACCAUCGCAGAUCCCGAGAAGUUCGCCGAGCAGCAUUCCCCUCAGAGCGCCUCCUGCUGCUGCCGUCUCUCCAAUGCAGAGACACUCAUCCGCCACAGCCUCUGGCGUCCUGAAAACAGCUCUUAAAGGGACCGACAAGCAGCUGAGUGUGUUGAAGCUGCCACUCACAGGUACGUUUCAGGAACGGUUCGAGGGAUAUAAACCGGAUCGUUACCAGAGCAGCUCUGCCCGGGAGCCAACGUCUCUCCCAACUUUGCCAGCAUUCAGCUCCCGCAGCCCCGUCAUGUCCCCGACCAGCCCCGACCAGCCUCACAGCAAACUCAGUGUUGAAAGGAAGGACCCAUUGGCGGCUCUCGCUCGGGAAUACGGAGGAUCCAAGAACGCACUGCUGAGGUGGUGUCAAAGGAAAACAGAGGGGUAUCCGAACAUUGAGAUCACCAAUUUCAGCAGCAGCUGGAGUGAUGGGCUGGCGUUCUGUGCUCUCCUACACACCUACCUUCCCGCUCACAUCCCCUUCCACCAGCUCGGCAGCCACGACAGGAAAAGGAACCUGACACUGGCGUUUCAGGCAGCAGAAAGCGUUGGCAUCAAGUCUGUCCUGGACCUGAAUGAGAUGAUUCGCACUGAUCGUCCGGACUGGCAGAGCCUGAUGCAGUACGUUGGACAGAUCUACAGAUACUUUGAAACCUGAGAGAACAAACAGUGCACAGGGAGAGGAGAGGGAGAAUAGUCUGCUACUGUUAGAUGCACUUUGUCACUUUCACCCACGGAUGGAGCUUUCCUCUAAGCCGAUCACACACUGACCGGCACUGACGUUUGGCCAACGUCAGCAGAGAAACCCAUUCGCAAGCACUAUUUAUUAGAGCAAAUUAAUUCAACCUCAAUUUGAAAUGAGGCUUUAUUUAUAGUCUGUGCAAAGCGAUAACGUCAGAGCACAUUAUAUUAAUAUUAUUAGAUUAUUUAUAUUCCAUGAACUAAUUCUUACCCUUUGCUGGUCACAGAGGUAGACAGGGUGGGGGCAAGACCACACAGGGAUUUAAAGGUUCGGGAAAGGAUCUUGAACUGGAAACGAGAAGGUAUUUUAACGUGCCUGCCUGUGACUGAGGUCCAGGCUGUGAGCUCCUCUGACAAGCCAGUGGGUCGAGUCUGGGGUUAUAUUAUAAGAUGGUCUCAGUCUUAACUAUCUUUCCUAGUUAACUGAUUCCAGCUAUAAUCAGGGCUAUAAUGGGCCUCGGAAACUGUGAGCGCGGAGUGAAAACGUCAGCCUGGAUUCACACUCUUCAGGCCUGAAAUUACUCAUGGUCUCAGCCUUAAGACUAUUUUCUUAAAAUCUAAGAAGGUGAAGAAAUUUAGAGAGUUCUUCCAUUUUGCAGUGUAGACUGUUCACACAUGGUUCCUGUGCUGCCUGAAAUAAAANCCGAAGCGGCUGGGAACACUCAGAAGGUCAGGCAGCAUCUAUGGAGAGAGG